AUGUUCAAUUCCACUUGUGAGAAAAGUGUUCUUCAAAUCAAACAAGAUGACAAGUUUUUCAGCAGACUACUCUCAAAGGAAAACUCCAUCUCUAAUCCAUCCUUUAGAGUUUCUGUUGCUGUUCCGUUUGUUUGGGAAUCUCAACCCGGAACUCCAAAACACACAUUCUCUAAGGACACGAUUCCUCCUCUCACACCUCCACCUUCUUACCAUUUCAACAAUGCAAACAAAAAGAAUGAGAAAAAAAUCUCAAAAUCGUCCAAACUUUUUUCGGGGUUUCUUCAAAAACUAAACUUCAAGAAAAUCCAUUGGUCAUCAUCUCCCUCGUCAUCACCGUCUUCGUUGUCAACUGAUUCGGCCAAAAUUACAUCCGCGACAACGAGGGUUAGUCGAAGGAGAUUCUUAAGCGGCGGAUCGUCUUUUGAUUUUAGAGGUGUUAGUGAAGAUGAUGGUAAUGGUUCGCCGACUUCUACAUUGUGUUUUGGAAUUCACCGUUCGGCUAGCUCGAACAGUGGCUUCCAAAGUAUCUACAAAAGGCGCGUAAGAUAA